AUGUCUGCCGAAGAGGAUCUCAUCGACUACUCUGACGAGGAGCUCCAAGCACCCGAGGCGCCGGCCGCCGGUGCCACGAAUGGCGCUACGAAGAAGGGUGAUCUAACAGUCAGCGGAGGAAAAACGACCGACAAAGGAAAAGGCAGUUACGUCGGCAUUCAUUCGACCGGCUUCAGAGACUUCCUGCUCAAGGGCGAGCUGCUCCGUGCCAUCACCGACUGCGGUUUCGAACAUCCAUCGGAGGUCCAACAAAAGUGUAUUCCACAGGCUCUCCUCAGUGUCGACAUCCUCUGCCAAGCCAAGUCAGGUCUUGGUAAGACGGCAGUUUUCGUCCUGACAACUCUGCAUCAACUGGAACCUGUUCCUGGCGAAUGUUCGGUGCUGGUCAUGUGCCAUACCCGAGAACUCGCCUAUCAGAUCAAGAACGAAUACGCUCGAUUCAGCAAGUAUCUACCCGAUGUGAAGACGGCGGUCUUCUACGGUGGUACACCAAUCCAGAAAGACAUUGAGCUCCUCAAGAACAAGGAGUCGUUCCCAAACAUCAUUGUCGGCACUCCGGGUCGUCUUAAUGCUCUUGUCCGCGACAAGUAUCUUUCACUCCGCAAUGUUAAGGCGUUUGUGCUCGAUGAAUGCGACAAGAUGCUCGACCAGAUCGAUAUGCGCCGCGACGUCCAAGAAAUCUUCCGAGCCACUCCCACCGAGAAGCAGGUCAUGAUGUUCAGCGCCACUCUCCCUCAAGAGAUUCGACCUAUCUGCCGGAAGUUCAUGAGGAAUCCUCUCGAGGUCUUCGUAGACGAUGAGACGAAGCUCACCCUCCACGGCCUUCAACAAUAUUCCAUCAAGCUCAGCGAAGGCGAGAAGAACCGCAAGCUCAAUGACUUGCUGGACAGCCUCGAAUUCAACCAAGUCAUCAUCUUUGUCAAGAGCACACUUCGUGCGACCGAGCUCGACAAGUUGCUGCGCGAAUGCAAUUUCCCCAGCAUUGCCGUGCACUCCGGUGUCAGUCAAGAGGAGCGGAUCAAGCGCUACAAGGAAUUCAAGGAAUUCAACAAGCGUAUCUGCGUUGCUACCGAUGUCUUCGGCCGUGGUAUUGAUAUCGAACGUAUCAAUCUUGCCAUCAACUACGACCUGCCUGCUGAUGCUGAUUCUUACCUGCAUCGUGUUGGUCGCGCUGGUCGGUUCGGAACCAAGGGUCUCAGUAUCAGCUUUGUCAGCAGCGAGCAGGACGAGCAGGUGCUCAAGGAGAUUGAAAAGAGAUUCGAUGCCCAGGUGCCGGCUUAUCCGGAGGGCGGCGUCGACUCGAGCACGUACAUGGCGUCUUAG